AUGGACUCUAUAAACUCAAAUCCGUCCGAAAACUUUGGCACAAUGCAGUACCGGUCCUCUGCAAAGUCAUCAUCGGGCUUCCUCCCAACCUCGCUUGUCGAUAUGUUUGCCGUCCCUGCUCUUCCGCUCGAAGAUCUAUUUCGUCCUUUAAACAUUGACGAAAUUGCUGUUGCUGCAAGUAGAGAGCCCAUGUCUCAUCAUUCGCGGUUUACUGCUGACCAGGACGAUGAUGAUUUGUUGAACGACGAGUAUGGGGUAAUGUUGACACAGCAGAAUAGUGCCAGGAAGCCCGCGGAAGAGAAGGGAAAGUCAAAGCAUAAUAGUGUCAAAGGUCGCAAGACAUCAUCGCCAUCGCGACGGAAGCGGAUUUCAAACAAAUCUGUUAGACCGGCGGCUGUUGUUGACGAGGACUCAACUCCGAGACCGAAAGGAAUAACAAGUAAAGCUCCUCCGCAAAGUAAAACACCUCCACAGCAACCGAUUGCACUCGACCUCUUCCAACAAAACUAUAACACCGUUGAUCGACGACACCUGGACGAUCUGAUAUCGGGAUUCACCGCUCAAGCUGUCCCUAUGGAUGCACCCGUAUCGCCCACUCAACAACAACAAAAACCCGUCACAGUACAUGAAAACUUUGAUUCCAUUCGCAUAAAGCCCGGACAGAAACGAAUCACUUCCACGUCGUCAAAUCUAUAUCCAGCUGACAUUGAUGAUUUAGAGGAUUUCGCUGCUGAUCAAGCCGGUAGAGAAAUCUUGUAUGAAACUAACGAGCAAAAUGAGGACGAUAUUGUAGAUGACCAGCCGCAGCCUCAGAAUGAAGAGUUGAUGGUUGAUACGUCUACGGUCGCUGGGUCAUCGGCAUCGCAAUCAGAGUCGCCUACCAAGAAGGGUACCAUAAGACUCAUCAGAAACUUGAAUGGCAAGGCGCUCUCUGCCUUAAUGUCCAAAAUCGGAACGACCUCUGGCAUGGUCUUUAAUGAACAAACCAAACAAUGGGAAGGUGGACGUGCUUCUCCAUUCGAGAUAUCUGACUCCGAGUCUUCAAAUGAUAAAGCGAGCGGUGAAAAGAACAAACAGCUUGAUUCUAACGCCUCGAUUGACGAAGAAUCUUUUGCUGACAAGAAGCCGGUAGCAAGUAUCGCAGUUGGCCCAGAUACGAGUCGUGAUGAUCAACUACGUGAUGCAGGAGUCUCGGCGUCUAUUGAAACUAUGGAUGCUACCACAUCUCCCUUCUUGGCUGAAAUGCUCUUGCAUGAAGAAAUGUCCAAAGCACAAGAAGAGGAAGACAUGGGUGCUAAUGAAGGGGAUCGCGCAAUAACGGGAUAUGACUCGUUUUUGAAUCAUGAAGAACAGGACAUGUCACCCGAUCAAUCAAGUAGUAGAAUGGAAUCUCUUACGAAUAGAGUGGAUGCCCUGUAUGAAGCGCAAGGUUGGGCUGAUCGAUCGUCGAGGCAUUGGCAGAGCUCAUCUAUGAAUUCUCGAGGCUCUGAUGCAGCUAUAGAAUACUCGAAUGGUGAAUAUAUUGUGCCUAGGGGUAAUUUAGAUGGAUUUGGAGAGGCUAUAGCUUCACUGGCUAAUCUAGAGAAUUCUCUCAUCAUACCCUUCGAAUACGACGAGAUGCCACCACGAUAUCCUUCCAUGCCUUCAGCAUCCAGUCAACCCCACAGGACACUAUCACGAAUACGAGUCAGUGACACAUCUACUAAUCGUGCAGAAAUCCUUCCGUUGCUCAUGAAUAUGACUGAACGAGUUCGCCAAUCGGAUUGGAUGUCUUUGCAGCGACUUGAUCUGAGGUAUCAACAAGUGACUAGUACGAAAGGAUUGGGCGUGCUUAUGCCAAACUUGGAAGAAUUGGAUGUGACAUCAAACGAUGUUACUGAAUUGAUUGAUUUGCCUGAUACGUUGCGUAUACUUCGAGCCGCCGACAAUAGGAUACCUCAUACUACGAAAUUCAUUUCUUGUGCUGCAUUAGAAGUGUUGGAUUUGAGUCGCAACAAUCUUGAGAAAAUUCCAGAUCUGACGAACAUGCUGAGUCUCCAAACAUUGAGAGCACAUGGAAACGGCAUCACCUCAUGUUCAGCAUUACGAUCAGCCGUGAAUCUCAAGACGCUUGAUUUGUCUGAUAAUGAGCUGACGAACGUUGAUGGUCUACAAUGGAUUAAUGGCCUUGAAACAGUUCUAUUACGUGGCAAUCGUAUAACAGGGACUAGUGAGACUGUCCGGAUUUUGAAGGGGUUGAAGAGGUUGCAGCUCAUUGAUCUGAGGGACAAUCCAAUGACUGCCACAUUCUACACGACACAAGACUCUACUCGUUUCAGUCAUGUGGAUCGACGAAGCAGUAUGUCGUCGCAAGAAGCACAAGAACGUGAACGCGACAUUAUCUUUGUAUCUACCAUGUCAGACACAGAGUAUGUGCGCCGUCUCUUGUAUCGUAGUACGCUGAUUUACAGCCUACGCAAGUCGUUGAGACAUUUGGAUGGUUGUUUUGUGGAUGAUGAGGAUCGGACGUCUGCCAGGUAA